AUGAGUUCAUCAAUAGCAUCGACAGCAGCAACAACACUGACAAGACACAGUGGUGUACAGAAACAAGUAUUAUCACUAUACCGUAACUUUAUCAGACAAUCUAAACACAACUCUGAAGUAGUUUCUCAAGAAUCUUCUGUAUCAUCACCAUCAGACAACCAAAUCACAAACUAUAUCAAAGAUCAAUUUAGAACAAAAUCAAAGUCAAUAUCAAAGAGAGACAUUACAAAGAUUGAAGCAUUGAUAUCAAGAGGCAAGAGACAAUUAGAAACAUUAAAGAAUACAAGUGGAUUUAGUGUAGUUUCAACAACAACAUCGACAUCUCGAUCAGCAUCUACAACAUCCAACUAA